AUGGAGGACUUCCUGACAAAGCUGAAGAAAAUAUCUGAGCAGUACAACAACCUGCUACUGGAAAAAAAGAUAAUCGACAAGCGCAUCGCGAACAUCGGAGAGAACAUACGCAAGUAUGAAGAAACAAAGGAGAAGUCCCUGAAGGACGUGGAGUUGAAGAAAAACCAGCUCUUAAAAAACAGAAAUAAACAUAUAAUCAUGUGCCAGAAAAUGGAACAGCUAAACGGAAAGCUGAACGAAAUACUCAUAAGAAAGCAAAGCAUAGAUGAUGAUGAAGAAAAAAAAGUGAUAAAAAAACAAAUCGACACAGUUAACAACACAUAUACUUUGCUCAAGCAUGUGCAAAAUUUAAAUGACGCAAUGCUUAAGGACGAAGGCAAUCGCUACUAUAAAGCAGUUACAGAAAAUAUACACAACAAAAGUUUCAGUAAUAAAAAAACGCUCAAUAUGCUCAACAGCUUCUUGCGUAAAAGUCGGGCCCACAUCCAGGAAAGGGGCAGCAACGGAGGAAAAUCCUCCCCCAAUGCAUCGUCAAUCUCCUCCGCAAAUUAUUUUAAAAUAAUUCAAACCAACGACAUUGUCCAAAAGGUCUUAACACUUUUUUCGGGAGACCACACCAACCUAACGAUUGAUAAGCAGCAAUUUCUGUUUGUCUUCAUCAUGAACAUUUUGCGCGAAAUCGCCUUCAGCCGCGAAGGGGCCAUGCCAACUGAUGAAUGCAACUCGAGGAACCAAGUGAUUUACAAUUUUUUGCACAACAAUUAUAUACUGCACUUGUGA